UUGGCUCUCUACUAUAUAUAUGCCUUUUUUUGAAGACAUCACAUGUUAAUGUAAUUCAGAGAGAGAGAGAUUUUAAUGGAACACUUGAAAUUGCAGUGAGAAUUAAGUACAUAGUGUCCGUCUCUUAUGCUCUUUGUCCCUCAUUGGAUCUUGCCUUUCUUCUCUUUUCCUUAAAGGGUGAUUCCAUUCCCAAGCUCAUUUUGUGGGGAGAAGUUUAAUUAUUAGUUUUUGUGGGUUUGUGAUGGAUGAUAGAAGUGUGAAGAAAGAAGGUGUUGAAGUUGAUAUUGAAAGUGGGUUAUUAGUAACUGAAGAUGAUUCAAACAAUGUAUCUAAUACAAAACAUGGAAGAUCAUUAUUUGCUAAGAUUUAUUGUGGUCUUGUUGGAGAUUCUAUAAAAGGUGAAGAAGAUAGACAUAGUGUAUACUUUAAAGAGUCAAAUUUGAGUGGAGUUUCCAUGGACAUGGCAAAAGUGACAAUCAAGUCAUUAACGACGAAGCCAGACUCGGCGAUAGGUGUAGAGAAUAGUCCGGUUAAGGAGAAACGUAAAAAGUCCAGUAACAAAAAGGCUGCCAAACCUCCUAGACCUCCACGAGCGCCAUCGCUGGAUGCAGCCGACCAAAAGCUAAUUAGAGAGAUCACUGAACUUGCCAUGUUGAAGCGCGCUAGGGUAGAGCGUAUGAAAGCUUUGAAGAAGAUGAAAGCUGCUAAAUCGUCGUCGUCUCCGAGUAGCAGCAUGUUUGCAAUGGUUUUCACUGUUGUCUUCUGUAUUGUGAUCUUACUUCAAGGCAUGUCAUCCGAAAAGAGUUCACCGACAGUUUUGAAGGGUUCUUCUGUAGGAGGAUCCGAAGUUGGUCUUGGUUUGAUUGCAGUUCAACUUCAUCACCAAUUGUAUAAUCCAUCUUCAAAUGAACAACAACAUGCACCUUCUUCAGAGUCUCACAAUUAUUGUUACUUGAUGGUACCUCUGCAGUAUUGUACAUGGUCCAUAUUUGCCUAAAAAACUGGAAUGAGAUGAAGGUUAGUGCAAAUUUAGCAUCUGUUUGGUUUGGCGGUGGAACCAUAGAAUAACUAUUCUCGCGUCUCAAUGUGCAUUUACCGUGAUUUUUAGGAAGCUUAAAAAUCGUAGAAUUUGCUCAAUGCAUGGUGAAAACGUAGACAAUAAAGAUGGUUUUAUGGUCUUGUGCAUCUCACACAAACUCUUUUUGUUGUCUUGUAAUGCAUUUUUCUGUACAAUGUAAUUUAAUGUGUUGUAUAAUGUAUCCUGUGAAGUUUGUGUGUAAAUUAGAUAUUCACUGCGUGCAACUGCAGAGACUAAUUAUGACUCAAUGAUGGGGUGAAGUUGUAUUACCUUCUCAGCAACUGCAUGUUGCUUACAUUCCUUGAAGUUUUAGACUUGUAGGAAAUUUUGAUUUUGAAGCUUCUUAUCACUAUCUGUGAUAUGUCAUAAUCCCCUAAUUAUUUUGUAUUGAUGUUUCUCUAUCAUUUCCCAAUUGUGAAGGAAAAGGUGAAGCCUUUCUUAUAA